UGUCAGCAUUUAUAGCUAACGUGAUAAGCGCUUGAAGAAGCGACCGGACGUUUUUUACUCGUGCUAGGCAGCGAGGCUUUCCUGCUAGUUUUGGGGCUAAUUUGAAGGCUAGCCAUAUUAAAGCCAAUUUUAGCACUCAGCGUUUCGAUAGAUAAGAUAACAAGUGGCAACAACAGGUCAAAAUGGCAGAGCUAACAACACUAGAGAGUCUGCUGGAGAUGGGCUUUGACAGAAACAGAGCGGAGAAGGCAGUGGCCAAAACAGGGAACCAGGGAAUAGAACAAGCCAUGGACUGGUUAAUGGAACAUGAGAAUGACCCAGACAUUGAUGAGCCCUAUGUGCCACCUGUGGGUAACGUCCUGGGAGGAACAGCAGACACCCAGUCCACCACAGGACAGCCUACACUAGCAGACACAGCUGAAGGAAUUGCAGGUGGAGACACCCUCAAUGAAAAUGAGCUGGACGAAAAGAAGCCAAUGACAGAGGAGGAGAGGCAACAGCAAGUUAAAAGGCUAGAGGAGCUAAUGCGGGUUAAGCAGGCAGAGAGAAGAGAGCGAGAACGAGCGGAAGAGUUGGAGAGGGAGAAACAGCGGCGGAAACAGGGCCAAGAGCUUCAGCAAAUUCGUCAGAAGAUGCAGGACGAUGAAAUGAAAAAACUUGCUGACCAGCGCAGGAAAGAAAAAAUGGAGGACAAACUGGCAAGACAAAGGGUUAAAGAAAAGAUAGCACGAGACAGAGAGGAGAGAGCACAAAAGUUUGGAGGUGGUGGAACCACCAGCACAACCGCAGUGUCGCAACCGGCCCAGCCCAGUCCCUCAUCACCCACCAGCCAUGGUCCUCCACCCACUAAGAAGGAGUAUGAUGAAUCCAGGAUACAGGUACGUCUGCUGGACGGAUCAACCAUCACAACAGUGUUUAAGGCUCAGGAGCCACUGGCUGCAGUACGUGUCUAUAUUCAGAUGAAUGGCAACACACCAGAGGGUCAGGACUUCACGCUGCUGUCGCUUUAUCCCCGUCACGUCUACACUGAACUGGACAUGGAAAAACCCCUCAAAGAACUGGGUCUGGUGCCUUCAGCUGUGCUGGUAGUUACCAAAAAGUGAGAACAGCACGGCCUGCUCUUUGAGCCUACCUCAUCCCCUUCACAACAUCAACACGAGAAAACAGACAGAUUAAUCCAGAAACGGCGCCUCCACCUUCAAUAUUCACUCUAUAAACAAAUAAACUGAAGCAGAGAUUUGGUGUUUUAACUCUUUAAGAACUUUUGUUUCAGUAAAAUGAUUGGGAAAUUCUCUGAAUGAUGCUUGAUAAAGAUUGAUCUGUGUGGUUUGUGUACUUAUUCCAGAUUGAAGUGAAGAAAAGUGGCUUAAGAUGGAUACUUAAUGGUUUCACGUUUAUAAAAAAGAUGCAUAAAAGAAUUCAAUUUUAUCCUCAUCCUUAAGUUGCAAAGUAUCACAAAUGAUGCACUGAAAUGGUUCAAUCUAUCUGGUUUAUGUGACAUUUUGGCAAUUUUAUAAGUUAAACUAUAUUGAAAUUUCUGUCUGCAUUAUCAUCACAAGUCUACUUAAAAUAAAGCUGACUGAGAACCAUGA